CUUUUGGGGCGAUCCUGGCAGAACGGAGCAGGGGGAAGAGGGGGUGGGAUAGCUCAGGUUUUCCCCAGGAUGAAGAUUGGGAAGGAGAGCCCAGCAGCUCCAGACAGCUGAUUUAUCAGCUCCCAUGGGGCUGGGAAGACAGUGACACCGAGCAGUCGGUGCCAGCCCUGUUGCAACGCUGCAAAACGCCGCGGAGGAUGGUCCUCGCCCCACACUGCGGCUUGCACAUGGGCAGAGCAUCCUCACUCCUUUUUCUUCUUGCUCAGAGCAGGAACCUGCCACCUGGAACCGAAAAUCCCACCCCGGGGAGCUGCCUCACCAAGUAAAACGCCUGGGCUUUGCUUUCCUUCCUGCUCUGAGGGCGUUAAGGGGAUGCUGUUCCCCAUCACCCGGGCACGGCGAGUCCCGGGGACGUGCUGCCAGCCGAGUGGUGACACCUCACGCUCCCGCGAAGGGCACGUCGCCGCCGGUCCGCUCUGAUGGAGAAGAAACCAAAGUGCUGGGCUUCCCCAUCGCCACCGGGAAGCCCUUCCACAGACACCAGCCUGCCGGAGAAAGCCAGAAAGCCAAAUUCAGCAGCAAUGGGUUGCUUGGGGAGAGGAGGAGGAACCAUGACAAAAUCCAGCCCUUUUAGGAAGCAAGUGCUGCCCUGGGACGCACCAGCUGGCUGGAAACCCCGAAGGACUCAGGGACACUGCUGUUCCCGUCCCCCCCACUGCUCAAUCUGGUUUCCCCAGACUAAAAACCCACUGGGCUUUCAGCCUUUCCAGGCGGCGGGAUUUGGGGAUUCAGAGCUCACCGGCGUGGGCAGCGCUGCUCACCCCGGAGGAGAAAAUAGCCCUGGCCAGCCGGGAAAUGUGCUGAAAGCUGCGGGCGGUGGCGGGCAGCGGGUCCGGGUGCUGCGGCCACCUCCUCCUCCUCCUCCUCCUCCUCCUCCUCCUCCUGCCGUGUUUUGGGGAGCUGCUGGCAUCGCCGGAUCCUGCCAGGUUUGCCAAAGGGAGGAAAAGACGGGGGAGAAGGGAAGCAGCCCCGGGGUGGGAAGGUGUUGGGCAAGGAGGGGCCGGUGGAGCAGCUUUUCCCCAAUUGCACAAGCCCUGAAAGCCCGGGGCAGGGUUUGGUCCAACGGCGGGGAUGCCCGGAACGAGCAAGGAAAGUGGUUUGGGGUCAGUGGUGCUUCCAGCACAGCCGGGAGCGAGUCAUGGGGUGUCUGCUCCAGAUGCUUCCGUGGAACGUUUGAUGCCCUGAGCAGAAAGAUCUGUGCUGGGUCCCAGCUGGAGCAGGCGGGACGGACCCUGCGUGUGGAAAUCGUCCGCAGCGUGGGUGGACACCCUCCAGGCCCUAUCCACCUGGGCAACACUUACAUCCUUGAGGAGGCACCUGAGCAAGUCCUGGUGUCCCUCCUGGUCCAGACCCACCGGAGAAGGGUGUCCCUGCGCGUGGGAGCGGUGGGGCAGGGCGAGAAGGUGGUGAGUCGUGAGGCGAAGUGGAUUCGAAGAAGUGAGAGUCAAGUAAAUGAGAACCAUGCCCGAAAAUGA